AUGGUAGAUAUUGCACGUAAUAAAUCGAUUGAGAGGAUCAACACCUGCAACUUGAUUCCCGAUCUAGAUGGAGAAAACAUCGCUGAAGCGACAUAUGCCAUCACUGCUGUUGAAGGAGUGAAGCUAUGGGCGACUGAGAACAUUUACUAUGAUUAUGACAGUAAUUCAUGUACUGGUAGAAAUUGCUUACACUACACACAAGUUGUCUGGAAUGAAACAACCGACGUUGGAUGUGCUAGGGCUCAAUGCAACAGCGGGUUUUGCUUAGUCUCAACUUCCACAUUAGAAAAGAAUUUUGGUACUAAUCUGUCAAGGGUCCUGUUUAUUAACGUACAAAGCAAUUGUACGGGGGAGAUUCUGUUCGUGCACAGUUUGGAACUAUGA